AUGAAGUCAACCAGCGCGAGUCUCGCGUUGAGCGCUGCUGCUUCGUGUGCCUCGGCUGUCUUGGCACAGCAGACCUACCUUGAUUCGACAGCAUGCUGCUUAAAACUGAGCAAGACGACCGGCCUGGCUGACAAGGUGUUCUUCCCUGACUCGACCGACUAUACGGAUCGCAUGAGCACAUACUGGUCCGUCAGUGCAGCUCUAAACCCGUGGUGCAUCGCUCAGCCAUCGACUGCCGAGGAUGUGUCUGCCAUCAUCAAGACUUUGGUCGCCAAUAACUGCACAUUUGGCGUUCGCGGUGGGGGUCACGGAUCCUUUGCUGGGUCAAACAGUGUUGAGGAUGGUGUGACUAUCGACUUUGGUACGUCGUCUCUUGAUCGCAUUAUGAAACUUCACAUUGACAGUUCCUACCUAGGUUACAUGAACGGCACCACCUACAACCCCGACACGAAGCUUGCCUCCAUCCAGCCCGGCGGUCAUUGGCAAACAGUCUACGACACCCUCGCACCCCAUGGCGUCGUCGUCACCGGCGGCCGAGCCGGAACGGUUGGCACCGGUGGCUUCAUCACUGGGGGCGGCAACUCAUUCCACUCCGCAUCCCACGGCAUGGCCGCCGACAACGUCGCAAACUUCGAGGUUGUACUCGCGGACGGCUCCAUCGUCAACGCCAACGCGACGUCCAACCCCGACCUCUGGCAGGGUCUGAAGGGCAGCGGCGCCAACCUCGGCCUCGUCACCCGCUUCGACAUGUACGCCAUUGAGUUCCCCGACCCAACGAACCCCGUCAUCUGGGGCGGCAACAUCUUCUACGACCUCAGCUCCGGCCCGAAGGUCGUUGACGCGCUGGUAGACUUCACAGAGAACGUCUACAAGGACGAGAACAGCUCGUCCAUUAUGUACUGGGUGUACCUGCCCUCGGCAGGCGGCAUGUUCCUCAACGCUGCGAUCGAGAACGCCUUGGGAAAGGUCAGACCCCCGGCGUUUGAUGGGUACUUCGCUGCCGGCAACAUCACGCAGGACACCACGAAGCUCGACCUCAUGUCCAACGUCGCCAACGAGCUUGGCCAAGGUCAGCCCCCCGGCUUCCGAAACGCCUGGUUUACGCUGGCUUUCGACAACGACGCCCGCAUCAUCAACUACGCAGCGGAUAAGCACUACACCCUAGUUGCGGAUCUGGAGGCGGCCGUUGGUGUCGAGUCCGGCUUCAACACUCUUUGCAUGUUUCAACCGAUCACCAAGUCUAUCGUUGAGAAAGGCGUCCAGAAUGGAGGCAACAUUAUGGGCUUGGAUCACUACAUCCAGAGGGGCAACGGCAUCAUGUUCCUGCUCACGUUCGCCAUCAACGGUGCUGACAAGGAGGCCAUUGCAUUCCCUUUGAUCAAGGCUUACAUUGACGAUGUGGAGGCUCACGCGGUCUCUUUGGGAGUUGCAUGGGAGUGGAAGUACCUCAACUAUGCCCACAAGGUGCAAGAUGUCAUUUCAACCUUUGGAGAGGCUGCUGUUUCUAAGCUCAAGGCUGCUUCUGCCAAGUAUGACCCUAGUGGUGUUUUCCAGAAUCUUCGCCGUUCAGGAUUCAAGAUUCCUGUCUGA